AUGAGCACCGGCGAUUCUCUCCGAGACACUAUCCGAGAUGCUCCUCUGGGACAGAUUCUAAGAUUCGUUACCAAUAAUCGCCGAUUUAAAUAUCAAGAAGAGCAUCCAGAGUUUGAACUACCUGCUGCCUGGAAUGACAUACUCAAUAGUGCCGAUGUCAGAACAGCAUGCCACACUGGGACAGACACCCCCUCGACUAUCGUUGAUCCGAUACCUGAUCAGAAUACCAUCGACGGCCAAGAUCUCGAGAGCAAAUGCCUAGACACUGACGGGCCUGCUGAUGCCACACCCAAUGUUACUGCGAACGGAAUCAUUCUAGUUGCCUGGUACUCUAACCAAGACCCCGAAAACCCGCAGAACUGGUCGAGCCUACGUCGUGCCCUUGUUGGCUUGAUCAUAUGCUUCUACACGUUCGUUGUAUAUCUCAGUUCGGCGAUAUACUCACCCUCUGUCGAGGGUGUUAUGGAGAAGUUUGGAGUCAGCAACCUUGAGGCAACACUCGGCCUGGCUAUGUACGUUCUAGGAUACGGUAUAGGUCCAUUGCUGUUCUCUCCCCUCGGAGAAAUCCCUCGUAUCGGUCGCAAUCCCGUCUACAUUAUCACCUUCGGUAUCUUCGUUGUCAUUUCGAUUCCAACCGCCUUGGUCGAUUCGUUUGCAGGACUCGUCGUCCUACGAUUUCUGCAGGGGUUCUUCGGAUCUCCAUGCUUAGCCUCAGGCGGUGCGUCGUUGGGUGAUAUGUACGGGAUGAUACAUAUGCCCCUCGCCAUGAUUGCUUGGGUUGGUGCUAUGUCUUGCGGUCCAUCCCUUGGCCCUUUGAUUAGUGCAUAUGCCGUUACAGCAAAGGGGUGGCGUUGGUCCCUGUACGAGUCAAUUUGGGUCUCAGCGCCAGUACUUAUUGCUCUGUUCAUCUUCAUGCCAGAAACCAGCGCGCCUAAUAUUCUCCUUCGCCGGGCUGAGAGAUUGCGCCGAUUGACCGGUAGUCUGAGGCUUCAAUCCCAAAGUGAGAUCGAUCAGGCACAUCUUACGGUCUCAGGUAUAGCUGUAGAGGCCUUGAUCAAGCCCCUAGAGAUCACCGUGAAAGAUCCAGCAGUUUUGUUUGUACAGAUAUACUCGGCUAUCCUCUACGCCAUAUACUACUCAUACUUUGAGGUCUUCCCCUUAGUCUUUCCCGUUUAUUAUGGCAUGACUCUUGGAGAGGUUGGUCUUGUCUUCAUCUGUAUCGCCGUUGGAUGCAUCUUGGCUAUCAUUCUUUAUGGCCUAUAUCUAUAUUACGUGCUCAUACCACGAAUGAACAAGUCUGGCAUCGCUCAACAGGAGGAAGUUCUCACGCCUGGACUUGCUGCCUGCUUCGGCCCGACUAUUGGCCUGUUCAUAUUUGCAUGGACGGCUAGGGCUUCUAUACACUGGAUCGUGCCAGUCAUCGGAGUGACGAUCUAUGCUGGCUCAAUCUUCACUGUGCUGCAAGUAGUAUUCCUCUAUGUCUCCAUGACCUAUCCACAAUAUUCUGCUUCUUUAUUUGCAGCGAACGACUUCUUUAGAAGUGCCUUAGCCAGCGGCAGUAUUCUUUUUGCUCAUCCGCUUUACAAGAAUCUUGGUUUUGCAAGAGGCACAAGCCUUCUGGGAGGUCUGAGCGUCAUUGGCAUCUUUGGCAUGUGGAUCUUGUUCUUCUAUGGUGCGAAGCUAAGAGCCCUCAGCAAGUUCGCUGCCUGA